AUGUCAACCGAAGAAAAUAACGACUGGUGGCAUAAUUCAGUUGUUUAUCAAAUUUAUCCACGAUCAUUUUUUGAUUCAAAUGGUGAUGGUAUUGGUGACAUUAAUGGUAUAACAAUGAAACUUGAUUAUAUAAAAAAACUAGGUGUUGAUAUAAUUUGGUUAAGUUCAAUAUGUGAUUCACCUAAUUAUGAUAAUGGAUAUGAUGUUCGUGAUUAUUAUAAAAUUAUGUCUGAAUUUGGUACAAUGAAUGAUUUUGAUAUAAUGUUAAAAGAAAUGAAAAAACGUCAAUUAAAAUUAAUUAUAGAUCUUUCUAUGAAUCAUACAAGUGAUGAACAUCCAUGGUUUAUUGAAUCAAAAAAAAGUAAAGAUAAUCCAUAUAGAAAUUUUUAUCAUUGGGCACCAGGUCAUGAUGGAAAAGCACCAAAUCAAUGGGGAGCAUGUUUUGGUGGUCCUGCUUGGACAUAUGAUAUUAUUACCGGUGAAUAUUAUUUACAUACAUUUACAACAAAACAACCUGAUCUUAAUUGGGAUAAUUCAAUGGUACGUAAUGAAAUGUAUAAAAUAAUGCAUUGGUGGCUUGCUAAAGGUGUUGAUGGUUUUCGUUUAAAUGUAAUUAAUUUUCUAUCUAAAACACCUGGUUAUCCUGAAGGAAAAUAUUAUAAUAAAAGUCAAUAUACAGAUGGUUCUACACAUUUUAUUAAUGGACCUCAUGUACAUGAAUAUGUUAAAGAAAUGUAUGAAAAAGUUUUUCAACAUUAUAAAAUUAUUACUAUUGGUGAAUGUCCAGGUUCUCAUUUACAUGAUGCUGAAUUAUUUACAUCACCGAAAGAAAAAGAAUUAAAUAUGAUAUUUACAUUUGAACAUCUUGAUUUAGAUGGAGGAAAAUGGACACCUAAAUUACUUGAUUUACGUUGUUUAAAACAUCAUUUUACAUCAUGGCAAAAUGGUUUAUAUGGUAAUGGAUGGAAUAGUUUAUAUUGGAAUAAUCAUGAUCAACCAAGAAUUGUUUCACGUUGGGGAAAUGAUACAGCUAUUUAUAGAAAUUUAUCAGCAAAAAUGCUUGCAACUUGUUUACAUUUUCUUUGUGGUACACCUUUUAUUUAUCAAGGAGAAGAAAUUGGUAUGACUAAUGUUCGUUUUCCAUCAUUAGCUGAUUAUCGUGAUAUUGAAACAACAAAUUUUCAUAGUGAUGCAAGUCAAUCAGGAUUAACAUUAGAAGAAAUUAUGGCUGCUAUUUAUGCAAAAUCUCGAGAUAAUGCUCGUACACCAAUGCAAUGGUCCGGAGAUUUACCACAUGGAGGUUUUACACUUGGUGCCGUUGAUGUAUUACCAUGGAUAAAUGUUAAUUCAAAUUAUACAGAUAUUAAUGUUGAACAAGCUUUAAAUGAUUCACAAUCAAUAUUUUAUUAUUAUCAAAAACUUAUACAAUUACGUCGAACAAUGUCUAUUAUUGUUAAUGGAAAAUAUGCAAUAUUACAUGAAGAAAAUACACAUAUAUUUAUGUAUAAACGUUAUUAUGAUCAUAAUCAACAAGAAAUAAUUGUUGCAUGUAAUUUUAGUCAACAACCAAUUAUAAUUGAUGAUAUUGAGCUUAGUGAAAAAAUUAAAAAACGUAAACAGAUAUUAAUUAGUAAUUAUGAAAAACAUAAGGAAUCUGAUUGGCUUAAUUUUCGUCCUUAUGAAGCAUGGGCUAUUGAAAUUUAA